UUUUGCCCGACAACCUGGUUUUGUUUAUUUUUAUUUGAAUUACCUCUCUUUCUCUCUUAAUUUUCUCUCACUUUCUUAUGAUCCAAACACCACUCUAAGACCCGCAGAAUUCUUAGAUGGGUGUCUCAUUCAAGGUCUCGAAAACUGGCGCGAGGUACCGCCCCAAACCUCCGGCCAACGACGGCGCUGUUGUCACCGCCGACGAGCCGGAGAGCAACUCUAAGGAGAGCUCGAGAAAGCAACAGGGUGAUCUUCUUGGAGGAGGUGAAGAUGUUAUUGGGGUGUCUGCAUCAUUUAUGUUUCGUGAAGGACAUCCUCCAACAGCAGAGGAUGAAGUUUCCUUCACAUUGAACCUCUUCCCAGAUGGAUAUUCUAUUGGAAAACCCUUAGAGAAUGAGACUGCGCAUCAGGCUACACUUCAAGAUACUCCAAAGUUGUUACAUCCAUAUGAUAGGGCGUCUGAAAAUCUCUUCUCGGCCAUUGAAUCUGGCCUGUUGCCUGGAGAUAUUCUAGAUGAUAUACACUGCAAGUUUGUUGAUGGGACACUUGUGUGUGAGGUGCGGGAUUAUCGGAAAUGUGCUGUUGACCAAGGGUCUGGUGAUCCAUCAACUAAUGGAUCCCCUGUUGUUAAUAAAGUACGCCUUAAGAUGUCAUUGGAGAAUGUAAUAAAGGACAUUCCAUUGAUAUCUGAUAAUUCUUGGACUUAUGGCGAUCUGAUGGAGGUAGAGUCCCGUAUAUUGAAAGCCUUGCAACCACGGCUUCUUUUAGAUCCUACUCCUAAGUUGGAUAGGCUUUGUAAUAACCCAGUUCCCACAAAGCUCAAUUUGGCUCUGUCCAGUGUCCGGAGAAAGAGAAUGAGGCAGAUGGCUGAAGCUACUCUCUCACCUUGUAAUAAGACAAAUGGGAAGAAAGUUUGUGUAGAUAGAGUACCAGAAAGCUCUAAUGGCAGGGUGGGAGAUUCAGGAAUCAUUUCAGGCAAUGCAAUGCCUCAGCAUAUACAUGAGAAUCUAGCUGCACAAAAUCUUAACCCAACAAACAUGGUAGCCCUAAGACCCAGGAGCUUUAUAUCAGAUGCCUCUGUUCCAGCCCUACCUCCGGCUUCUCAUCAACAGAGGUAUCAGAUGGGGAUUGGGACCCCCAGAGGUAUGCAGGAUCCUGGUUCAGGGCCUGUUAUCAAUUCAUCAGGGGCUUCCCCUGCUGGGCAGGACAUGAUGUCAUAUGCCGACAAUGUGAAUUCAAGUGUCUCUGUUCUUGGAAAGAGGGAGAAUCAAGAUGCGCAAAUGUCACCCUUGCCCAACUUUAACAAAAAAGGAAGGCCUACACCAGUGGGUCUUGAUGGAAUGCAGCAGCAGCAAAUAGGGCCACAUAUAGAUGGCCUCACUGGUUCUGAUAUAAACUGGAAGAAUUCAUUGUUACAGCCACAAGUAAUUGCAAGAGGAAUGUAUGCAAAUAUGCCUAUUCAAAAGUUUACACAUCAGGUGUUUGAAGGGGCUCUGAAUCAGGAUGCUGGAACAAUGCCAUUUGCUGCAGGACAGAGGGGCAUGCGACAUGCUGCUAAGGAAGAACCGUUCGAGAUUGAUAAAUUUGAUGGGUCAGAGUUCAACCGCAAUAAAAAUGAUAUGCCGAUGGUGGAAACAGAAACAAGCCAUCUGGAAUCACAGCGAUUACAGUAUGCAUUGAUGAGAUCUAAUAUCCCUCAAACAGCUUGGAAUAGUCUAGGUCCGCAUGUAGAGAAAGAUGCAAGAAAGGAGGACCAGCUCCAGAAAAGGAAAUCAGCGCAAAGUCCUCGGAUUUCUGCUGGAGCUUUGGCUCAAUCUCCAUUAUCAUCAAAAUCAGGGGAGUUUUCUAGUGGUUCACUUGGAACUUAUUUUGGGGCAGUUUCAACUACUGUUGCACUUGGAGCAACACAAAAGGAGAAGUCAGCAAACACCUCAGCUCCUACUGUUGGUGGGAACCCAUCUAUGACUUCCAGUGCUAAUGAUUCCAUACAACGGCAACACCAGGCUCAAGUUGCCGCGAAGCGGAGAUCAAAUUCCCUCCCCAAGACCCCAGCAAUGAGUGGAGUUGCAUCCCCAGCUAGUGUUAGUAAUAUGAGUGUCCCAUUAAAUGCAAACAGUCCUUCAGUUGGAACACCACCUUUGGCUGAUCAGACCAUGCUGGAAAGGUUCUCAAAGAUAGAAAUGGUGACAAUGAGGCAUCAACUCAAUCGCAAAAAGAGUAAGGUCGAUGAUCAACACCCCAUCAGGAAGCCCAAUGCAUAUCCCACUCAACGUUUGGCAGAGUUUCUCUCUGAUAUUUCCACUAAUGAGGAUUCCAAAGAUGAUGCAGAUGCAAGGUCAUUGUCUAAGUCACUAGCAGGUGGCAGCAUGAAUAUCUGCAAAAUAAGAAUAAUAAAAAUUCUGGAGCCAGAUAAUACUGCUUCACAUAGGGUAAGAGCUAGGAUGAUCAUGUCAGAGAAGCCAUGUGGUACUGUAGCAAUGCAUUAUGGAGAAAUAGAAGAUGUAGAUUAUUUGGCUGUGGAGGAUUACCUUCCUACAUUGCCGAAUACACAUUUGGCCGAUUUGCUUGCAACGCAGCUUUGUUCACUGAUGAUACGUGAAGGAUAUCAUGUGGAUGAUCAAAUCCGAACAAAACCAAUCCGAAUGAAUCUUGCCUCAGGCAGCCAAUCAAAUGCUGCUGGAGUCCUGCACAAUUCAGUAGCUGAGAUGCAGCAAUAUCCAGAAGCAGUUUCUGGUCAACCAUCAAAUGAAGUUGCAAAGCCAACUAGCAGUGGUAAUGCCUCUCUAAACUCAUCCCAGAAUCCUUUAGCAAAUGCAAGGAUGCUGCCUCCAGGAAACCCCCAGGCCUUACAGAUGUCUCAAGGACUCUUGUCUGGGGUUUCAAUGCCCCAGAGGUCACAACAGCUGGACCCACAAUCAUCACUUCAUCGUCAUCAUCAUCAGCAGCAGCAACAACUACAGCAACAGCAACAGCAACAGCAACAGCAACAACAACAACAACAACAACAACAACAACUGCAACAACAACAACAACAACAACAACAACAACAACAACAACUGCAACAACAACAACAACAACAACAGCAGCAACAACAACAACAACAACUACAACUACAACAGCAGCAGCAGCAGCAACAACAGCAGCAGCAACAACAGCAGCAGCAGCAGCAGCAACAACAACAACAACAACAACAAAGCCAACAUCCUAUGAUUCCACAGCAGCAUGCCCAGUUCCAGAGGUCACCUAUGAUGCUUGGACAAACUACACUUUCACACUUCGGGCAGAAUCCUAGCAUACAGUUGAGCAACAGCAGGGCUUCCCAACUUCAGGCGUUACAGCAGCAGCAACAACAGCAGCCACAAAUGCAAAGGAAAAUGAUGAUGGGACUUGGAACAGCUGUGGGUGUGGGAAACAUGGGCAAUAACAUGGUUGGUCUUGGGGGCCUUGGCAAUGCCAUGGGCAUGGGAGCUGCUAGGGGAAUAGGAACUGGAAUGUCGGCACCAAUGGCACCUAUUUCUGGUAUAGGGAAUGUUGGCCAGAAACAAAUGAAUCUUAGCCAGGCUUCAAAUAUUACCAGCGCAAUAAGCCAGCAACUUCGAUCUGGAUUGAAUCCACAACAUGCUGCUCUCGUGGCAAGAAUGGCACAGAAUCGAGCAAACAUGUUAGGUAGUCCUCAGUCAAGCCUAGCUGGGAUUUCAGCAGCCAGACAGAUACAUCCAAGCUCUUCUAGUCUUUCAAUGAUUGGUCAGACUUUAAACCGGACUACCAUCAACCCAAUGCAACGGGCAGCCAUGGGGCAUAUGGGUCCACCGAAGUUGAUGGCAGGGAUGGGUAUGUACAUGAACCAACAGCAACAACAACAGCAGCAACCACAAUUACAGCAGCAACAGUUACAACAGCAACAGCAGCAGCAGUUGCAGCAGCAGCAAUUGCAGCAACAGCAAUUGCAACAGCAGCAGCAACAGCAAUUUCAGCAGCAGUUGCAGCAACAACAGCUACAGCAGCAGCAAGAAACCACCUCACCACUACAGGCUGUCGUCUCACCUUCGCAGGUGGGCUCACCAUCGACCAUGGUAAUACCACAACUGAACCAACAAAUGCAACAACAGCAAGCUAGUCCUCAGCAAAUGAGUCAACGAACACCAAUGAGCCCUCAACUGAGCUCUGGGGCAAUCCAUGCCUUGAGUGCUGGUAAUCCAGAUGCCUGUCCAGCUAGUCCACAGUUGAGCUCUCAGACCCUCGGUUCAGUUAGUAGUAUUGCCCACUCUCCUAUGGACCUACAAGGUGUGAAUAAGGGCAAUUCUGUAAGUAAUGCAUAGUGAAGCACAAAAGUAUCAGGGUUUGCUUCAAGUGCUGGUUCAAAGCCUUUGUUGGGAAGGUCAUUUUUAGUUCUUGAUUUUAGUCAGAAAAACCAGUACCUAGAAAGUAAUAAAUCUGAUUUCAAAAUGCCCUGUGCUUUACAAAGUGUAUAAACUAGCUUGUAGGCGUUGCAGUGCAAGGGGUUCAUUUUUGUGAAUGUUAUAUUAUGUGACAUUUGAAAUAUUUAUAGUAUAAGUUUAUAUUAAAAAUAAGUCAUGAAUUAGAAUGACAAAACUUGAUUAUUUAGAUGUUUUUGUUGCGAGUAUACAUUGUAAGGAAAGACAUGAUUUUUACAGAGAUGAAGGAACACCUGGGCAUAUGGCCUUGGAUAGGGUCUUAAUCUUAAAGCUUAGUUGAGUCGAAUUGAUGGUAUUGUAACCUGUUAUUUUAGUGAUUGAUGCCAUUUUAA